CGCCAAAAGCAACAGCGCAACACAAACAAAGAUGAGCGGCAGCGACCGUGAUGAGGAGGACAGCGGUGCCGACCCGACGGCUGGCGGGAACGGCGUGGCACUGCCGUUGUUGCGUGGUGAGCAAGGGCAAGAGUGGUACUCUGAACGCAUCCAGGAGCAGCUGGACAUCAACCAAACGCUUCUUGAGAACAUGGUGCAGCGUGUGCAGCGCGGCGCCUUCACCGACAUAUUGACGGCGGCCAAGGUGGCGGAGCAGCACAUAUCCAUGCUGGCAUCCUUAUCGGAUGACAUCAAACUGCAAUGCUUGGAGGCUGACGCGGCAGGCAACCACAGUGAACACACAGUGCAAGCAGCCGAGAGCGGACGACAACAACAACAACAACAACAACCGCAACAACCGCAACAACAGCCGCAGGAUCAGCCAUUCCAACCAUUUCAACAGCAGCAGCCUCGGAAGCGACGGGUUGUGCCGCGACAAGUGACUCCGUCAGACGGCGCCCAGUCCUCGACACACGCGGCGUUUGACGUGGCAAUACAACCUGGCCCGCCGCAGCCAUGA